GGGCGGGGACAAUGCUGGGGAAAGGAGGAAGCGGGGUCGAAGCGGCCGGGCUUGGGAAGAGAAGUUCGGCUGUUAGGUCGAGUAAAGAAAUAAGCACCGGUAGGGAAAGCUGACCCAGCGAGGUCCUUUCGCGGGUUCUGAUCUGCAAUAUUUAUUGUUAACGGAGAGAGAGCUGCAGCUUGCUGAGAGGAACAAGAGAACUCGCGUCUUUUUUUCCCCCAGCUCGGCGAAAUCUGUACCUCGGCCCGGAAUGGGUGAAUCGGUUCACGGUAAACGAGAUCCGCUUAGGAAAUCGGGGCCCGUAGCUGAGCUGGAGGUUAGCAACAGAACAGAAAGACCGAAAUUCCAAAACAAGAAGGGGGGGGGGGAAACCAUCCUUUUCUUUAGGAUGCUAGUCACCGGAUCUAGGAUAACAACACAAUUACAACGUUGAACGUUCGCUCCACCUUAAGAAGGCGUCCGGCCGUGCGGUGGGAGCGCCACCCUGUAGUAAGGAAUAAGGGGCUGGCUCUUCUCUGAUUGGUCCACUGGUUUCAGUCCAAGCAGGAUGUUUGUAGCUUGAAACCCGCUGAGAGCCAAAUAUCGCAGUGCUUCAAAGACAAGAAUUGACUCCUUUCUCCAGGGAAAUUCCGCAACGGGAUAAACCUUCUCCUUUUCUUUAUGUGCCAUUAAAGCUGUUUAUGGCAUGGAAGAAAGCAAAACACACAAUACUGGAGCAGCAAGUAGUUGUCACGGCAUCGUUGGACAACUUGCAAGAAACUGGCAGAGCUGGUCCAAGGAUCAUGUGGCUUAUCAGCAACAAAACCCAUUUAGCAAUGGCACCCAAGUAACCUUACGCACUGAGAAAGGGGAUCCCACUUAUGGGAGACCACCUGAAGGCUCCAAAACUGAGCAGAGAGGAAAAGAUGCACACGCACAUAUAGGCAAAGAAAUGGAAGAACUAUGCUUAAUUAUACGUAACACUGGAAAGAAGGAACAGGAUGGGCAAGUGAGAAUAACAUUUAAACAGCUCUUUGAUAGAUAUGUGACUAUAUCCAAUAAACUAGUAGGUGUCCUCUUAAGAGCAAGGAAGUAUGGCCUGGUUGACUUUGAAGGUGAAAUGCUUUGGCAAGGAAAAGAUGAUAGUGUAGUUAUUACUUUGUUCGAAGAUAAAGAUUAUCCAGGUAUUUCAUGAUUAAAUCAGAAAUCUGUUAAAG